AUCAUAUCCCGCCAGCAGCCCGCACUUCGGAGCUCGGCUCCAGCCUUGCAUAUAAAAGCAGAGGAGAGUCGAUGCAACCACCACAAGCGCACUUCUCGUCAACUGCGAAUCCACAACCAUGGUCAUCGCCGCGACCUUCCAGCACCUACUCAGCAAACAAGAGCAUCCUCGGGAUGUACCUACCCGCGCAUCCGCAUGGAAUUCGCGACUGGCCGACCAUGGGGUUAGGUACGUGCGCGUGCAGUGGGUCGACCUCACCAACACCGUGCGUUUCCAAGUCAUCCCCGCUACGCGUUUUGCACAAUUGUGCGAGAAAGCGCGACCCGGAAUCCCGAUGACGGCGCGGACGCUUGGCUUUAUCAACAUCUCCUUCGCGAAAGGAUUCGGCGAGACCGGGGAGCACUUGUACGUCUUCGAUCUGGACAGCUUCCGCAUAUGCACGUACGCACCUGGACACGCGGUGGUGAUGGGCUGGUUUCAGCUUGAAACCCCGUCGCCAGAGGGAAGUUUGGCAGUUGGGAUAUGUCCGAGGACGCUGCUACACAAAACUGUCUCGUAUAGAUGCUGGACGAAAGCAGGACUUACGUUCCUGUGUGGCUUUGAGUCCGAGUUCAUUCUCCUGGGCGCGACGUCACCGGAGCCGGAUCCGCUCACCAGAGAGGGAUGGUGUAGGGCUGCCAAUCUGCGCACCGGAUCUGUGCAAAGUAUCGUCAUCGAGGAGAUAGCAGACAAUCUCCAGGAGGCUAGAAUCGAACUACAGACGUACCAUGUAGAGGGUGCAGCCGGUCAGUUCGAAGUUGUGACUGGACCUCUUCAGCCACUUGAAGCCGCCGACGCACUCGUCUACACUCGUGAGACCAUCCACAAUACCGCGAGCAAGCAUGGCCUGCGUGCUACCUUCGCGCCCCGUGUAAAGAUGAACAGCUUCGGUAGUGGACAACACGUACAUAUCUCCGUACAUUCAAGCGACGCCUCCGACACGGACCCCUACGCCCGCGCAGAUGCCGUUAAAGCUCCUACCCUAACCAACACCGAGCGUUCCUUCGUCCAAGCGCUCGUAAAUCAUCUUCCCGCCCUCUGCGCACUCAUGCUUCCGACGCCGUGUUCGUACUGGCGCGUCCAGGAUGGCAUAUCGUCGGGAGGCACGUAUGCCUGCUGGGGAGCUGAGAACAAGGAAUCGCCCAUCCGUGUCUGCGGCGAGAAGGGCUCGCACCAUAUCGAGGUCAAGAUCCCCGAUGCGACGGCGAAUCCAUACGUAAUGCUGGCAGGUUUGCUGGCGGUCGGGGUGCAAGGGGUGAGGAGCGGCGCGGAAAUGACUGCUGGUAACUGCAUGAAGUCUGUGGUGUCAAUGAGCGACGAGGAGAGGCAACAAGUGGGGAUGGAGAACGCGAAGAGGUUACCAAGAACGGUCGAGGAUGCGAGGAGAUUGUUCAAGGAGGACGGCGUGCUGCGCGAAGCCUUGGGAGACAGCUUCAUUGCCAAGUACAUCUCGGUCAAUGAGUCGCUGGAGGAGUUCAUGACGAUGCCGACCGAAGAGGAGGUCGUCAGACACCUAGUGGAGCAUUUCUGAGUCAAUGCCCGUUUAAUGAAGCUUAGUGCACCCUGCACACACGCGGGAAAUAUUCGUAUCACCAUAGAGCCUAUAAUGACGGACAGCGAGUCCAUAGUAAUGAGAGCUUUUGGCUCACGAGCACCUGGAAUGAUA